UGCCGUGACAGACUCCCGCCGGUCCCUGCCCGACUCCGUUUACCAGCGUGCCAAAGAAAGACUCCAUGAAAAAUGACAGAAGAAGUUAUUGUUAUUGCAAAGUGGGAUUACACUGCACAGCAGGACCAAGAACUUGACAUCAAGAAAAAUGAACGUCUUUGGCUAUUAGAUGAUUCCAAGACAUGGUGGAGGGUAAGAAACGCGGCCAACAAAACGGGAUAUGUGCCAUCAAAUUAUGUGGAGCGAAAAAACAGCUUGAAGAAAGGUUCUCUGGUUAAAAAUCUAAAAGACACAUUGGGUUUGGGCAAAACAAAGAGAAAGACGAGCGCGCGCGACGCCUCUCCGACGCCGAGCACGGACGCCGAGUACCCCUCCAACGGCAGCAGCGCCGACCGCAUUUACGACCUCAACAUCCCGGCCUACGUGAAGUUCGCCUACGUCGCGGAGAGGGAGGAUGAGCUGUCCCUGGUCAAAGGGUCCCGCGUCGUCGUCAUGGAGAAGUGCAGCGACGGCUGGUGGAGGGGCAGCUACAACGGCCAGAUCGGCUGGUUUCCCUCGAACUAUGUGGUGGAGGAAGUCGAGGAAGCGACUGCGGAUUCCCCGAGCUUCCUAAGCCUAAGGAAAGGCGCUUCCAUGAGCAACGGCCAGGGCACCAAAGUGCUUCACGUUGUUCAGACACUGUAUCCAUUCAGCUCCGUCACAGAGGAAGAGCUCAAUUUUGAGAAAGGGGAAACAAUGGAAGUCAUUGAAAAGCCGGAGAACGACCCCGAAUGGUGGAAAUGUAAAAAUUCCAGAGGGCAAAUUGGUCUUGUUCCUAAAAACUAUGUAGUAAUCAUAAGCGAUGGUCCUACCAUUAACACUUCCCACCCACCCCAGAUAAGCUACACGGGGCCAUCUUCUACCGGACGCUUUGCUGGAAGAGAGUGGUAUUACGGGAAUGUCACCCGGCAUCAAGCGGAAUGUGCCCUCAACGAGCGGGGCGUGGAAGGAGACUUCCUUGUUAGAGACAGUGAGUCUUCGCCCAGUGACUUCUCGGUAUCUCUAAAGGCAUCGGGGAAGAACAAACAUUUCAAGGUGCAGCUCGUGGACAAUGUCUAUUGUAUUGGGCAGCGUCGCUUUAAUACUAUGGAUGAGUUGGUGGAACACUACAAAAAGGCUCCCAUCUUCACCAGUGAACACGGGGAAAAGCUAUAUCUUGUGAAAGCACUUCAGUGACGUUGAAGAUGGACUYGGUCUCCUAGGCCUCUUAUAACUUCCAAGCCUUAGGUCCUAAAUUCACUUUUUUAGAGCAGAGCAAUCCGAACUGUCCGAAGCAGGCUUAACGAACAGGCUCCUUCUAAAGCGUUUGCUCUGUUGGUUGUUCUUGUCCUUUUCUGUUUGCCUACUUUGUGUUUCGGUUCUGUUAAUCUCAGAUCACCUCCCCUCAGAUGGAGAACUUCACUUAGGUGGCCAUUGAAAGCACUCGCUUCCAUGCCUGAGUUCUAAACUCCCCUCUUCUGUGUACGUUUACAUAGUUAGUUCAGCUAACGGAGGGGUGUUUUCAAUUCAAAACAGUGUUAAUCUGUUCAAGUGGCUCACGCUGACAGAACUCUUCGUUCAGAGACAUCAUCGGGCACGGUUUGAAUGCACUGAAGCUGCAGCUAAGUAAGUGAGAUAUAGUAGACAUGCAGUUGUGGCUGUGAGUUCUGUAGCUCUUUUGCUUACCAAGUAGUAUAUUACAAAAAUUCCUAGUUCCUAGAAGCACUCUUUACACUGUACUCUGCUAUUACAUUGCCUCUUUGACUCUUUGUAAAGAGUACACUAAUUAAAGCAUUUUGUAAUAGUACUUCUUAAACUACUAUGGUAAGAUUGUAGUAAAAAAAAAAUAUCUAGUGUAUUUUGGUCUGUAAUUGCAACAAAGAGAAAUUUUAUUUGAAAGUUGAUUACUGGAGAAAGAAUCAUUGAAUUGUAAAGGCUGAAUGUUUUGGUAAUCUACAACCAAAUGUGCCAUCCACAUAAUGCUUUUUCC